AUGUGCACUGCCUACACACCACAACACAUCUACGGAACCGAGAAAUCCACAAGUGCAGAAGGCAGACCACGGCCAACUCCGGCGUCCCCUGCACAGCCGCCCGCGGCACCAGCUGCAGCCCAACCACCGUCAACGCAAGCGCCCACCAGAGCACCAAAGAAAGACUUCAUAGCAAAUGUUUAUCAUGAAGAUGUUGUCGAGCAAGCUAUCGAUCAACAGAAGAAGCCUAUAAGAGCGUUAGCAAAAGAGUUCGCGGCGAACAAGAAGAUCAAACCUGCUGACUAUACGACGGAAGCAUAUGAAAAGAACGAUGCUAAGAAUAGAUACAAUGAUAUUAUCUGUAUAGACGCCACUAGGGUGGUGCUAAAAGACCGACCACCCGAGGACGAUUACAUACAUGCUAGUUGGAUGACGAUGCCGGAUGGACAGAAGUACAUCUGCACGCAGCAUGAGAAAUGUUGUUUCUAUCUACCAAGAGAGAAGAAGGAAGUCGGUAAUUAUGGUGGAUUUAUUGUAACCGUCAAAUCGUCGAAGCCCGAUCCGUUCGAGGGUAUCAAACAUACAGAAUUGGAAGUGAAGUAUGGGUGA